GUGGUUUGCAGCAUGGAGUUGUAUGACAAAGAGGAGAAGCAGCAGAAAGACUCAGACCUCUGAGUCUGCUCCACUUGGCACCUGCACUUUGAAACCCCAAACAUGGCCAGCAGAUACAACUACUUACGUGAAAAAAAAGAAAUGACUCUGAGGAUGGUGAUGGUGGGGAAGACAGGAAAUGGGAAGAGUGCCACUGGAAACACCAUUCUGGGACAAAACUGCUUUGAAUCAAAGUUCAGUUCAAAGUCUAUGACUGUGGACUGCUCUAUUGGUGAAGGUACAGUAGAUGGACAAAAGGUUGCUGUUAUCGACACCCCGGGCCUCUUUGACACCAGGUUUGGCAUGGACAAGACAGCUAGAGAUAUCACCCAGUGCAUCUCUUAUGCUGCUCCUGGACCCCAUGUGUUCCUGGUGGUCAUCGGACUGGGCAGAUUCACUGCAGAAGAGAAGCAGACAGUGCAAAGGAUUCAAGAAAUCUUUGGCCAGGCAGCAGACAGAUACAGCAUGGUUCUCUUUACUAGGGAGGAUCAACUUGACGAAGACCAAACCAUUGAGGACUUCAUAAAUGAUGACCAAGACCUGCUGGAGCUCGUGGACAGAUGUAACGGCCAGUACCAUGUCUUCAAUAAUAAAAAAAAAGAUCCCUCUCAGGUCACUGAGCUGCUCCAGAAGAUUAUAAAUAUAGUCCAGAUGAAUGGAGGAAGCCACUACACCAACAAGAUGUUCCAAGAGGCUGAGAGGGCAAUCGAGGAGGAGAAACAACGCAUCCUGAAAGAGAAAGAAGAGCAAAAAAGAAGAGAGAAAGAGAAACUGGAGAGGGAACUUCAGGAUGAAUACGAGAGAGAGAUGAGGAAAAUAAAUAAGAUUCUCAGGGCUGAGAGAGAGAGGGAACGGCAAGAGAGAGAAAGGGAAAGAAAGUUGGAGCAGCAGAUUAGGGAGAGGGAGAGGAUGGUGGAAAUGGCAGAAAUGGAAGCUGAGAGGAGGAGAGAGCAAGAGGAACAAGAGAGGGCGAUAGAAAAUAUGAGAAUGGUCCUCCAGCAACAACAGGAAGAAGCACUGGAAGAGGAAAGAGCGAGGUUGAGAAGGCAAUCACAGCAACGAGAUGAUGAGUGUAUAAUUCAAUUUGUGGGUUGGUGCACAGAGACAGUAUAUAAGCAGCAACAGCACACACUCAGAACUCAGUGUCUUCACUUCAUCUGCACCUUCUUCUCUAUUCUUUUCAGCUUGAACGUUGCUGACAACUACUACAACCUGAAAAUGUCUACAGGAUACAGCAGAACAAAUAACCAGGAGCUGAGAAUGGUGAUGGUGGGGAAGACCGGCAUUGGAAAGAGUGCCACUGGAAACAACAUCCUGGGACGACAAUGCUUUGAGUCCAAGUUCAGUUCAAAGUCGAUGACUGUGGACUGUUCUAAGGGCAAAGGUACAGUAGAUGGACAAAAGGUUGCCGUUAUUGACACCCCGGGCCUCUUUGACACCAGGUUUGGCAUGGACAAGACAACUGCAGAUUUAAGCCAGUGCAUCUCUUAUGCUGCUCCUGGACCCCAUGUGUUCCUGGUGGUCAUCGGACUGGGCAGAUUCACUGCAGAAGAGAAGCAGGCAGUGCAAAGGAUUCAAGAAAUCUUUGGCCAGGCAGCAGACAGAUACAGCAUGGUUCUCUUUACUAGGGGGGAUCAACUUGACGAAGACCAAACCAUUGAGGACUUCAUAAAUGAUGACCAAGACCUGCUGGAGCUCGUGGACAGAUGUAAUGGCCAGUACCAUGUCUUCAAUAAUAAAAAAAAAGAUCCCUCUCAGGUCACUGAGCUGCUCCAGAAGAUCAGAAGUAUUGUCCAGAUGAACGGAGGAAGCCACUACACCAACGAGAUGUUCCAAGAGGCUGAGAGGGCAAUCGAGGAGGAGAAACAACGCAUCCUGAAAGAGAAAGAAGAGGAAAUACGCAAAGAAAGAGAAGAACUUGAGAGGAAAGUACAGCAAAAGUAUGAAAAACAGAUGAAGAAGAUCAGUGAUGAACUCCAGGCCGAGAGAGAGAGAGAGAAACAGGAGAGGAUGAGGGAGAAGCAGGAGAUGACCGAGGAGAGAAAGAGGGAGAAGGAGGAGAGAGAAGCAGAGAGAGAGAGAGAGAGAGAGGAAAAAGAAAAACAGCUGAGUGAAUUAAAGGAAAAGUUUGACAGUGAUCUGAAAGGCCAGAUGCAAAAUCUGCAGAACCAGCAUGAAUCUGCGGCCAGAGCUGAAGCGGAGGAUUCUAAUCCGUUAUAUUUUCUGGUAAAAACUGGCCAAAGUAUUGUUAAUGGUGUGAGAGAAUUUGGAAAGGCAUUGAAAAGCUUUUUUGGGUGAGCGGUCCCACUCUUAAUGUGGUUGAGAACAACAUUGUUGCCCAGAGUUAUCUUCAACGAUGGUGAUUCUCUGCGAUGGUGAUUCUCUGCGAUUCUCUGCUUUACUGUUAUCCAUCAUAUGAUAGAAAUGUUCUCACUGUCAUCUGAUGACCUUUCGGCUUUUCUUCAGAUAUGUUGACCUCUGCCAAUGUUUGUAUGAAAAGCCUGUUUAAUCUAAUAACUGUGAUUGUUCCAAGCUUGAAUAAUUCCUGUCAUCUCUUA